AUGCUGGGGACCGUAACGAUGACGGUUGGACAAACAGAACAUUCCAGUGUAACUUUGAAGGAAGACACCGAAACUAUGGAGACAAGUCCAUCUGACUCAAGCACCAAGGAUGGUGGAGAUGCUGAGAAAGAGGAUGCUCAUACAGUUCAACAGUUGCCGUCUUUGGAAGAAGACGCAGAAGACCAUGCAUCUGAGCCACAGUCUUAUGAUCUGGGGUUUAAAAAGGUUUUUAAAUUUGUUGGGUUCAGAUUCACAGUGAAGAAGGAAAAGACGGGAAAAUCGGAACCAGUUCAACUGCUUACUGUAAAAAAGGAAACACAAGUCCCUGAAGGAGCUGAUGAUCAAAAAGAAGUCAGCUCAGAAGAAAUAGUGAUGCCUGAGGAUGCACUCUCUGCAGAAGACAACACCAAAGACACAAUGAAAAAUGAAAAAACAGAAGACGAAUCUCCUCAAACACCAGAAGCAAAUGAGUCAGCUGCCUUAGCCACUGAUACUGCAUCGCCAUUAAGAAAAUUUUUUACUCAGGGAUGGACUGGAUUUAGAAAAAAGAAGAGUUUUAGGAAACCUAAAGAAGAUGAACUACAGUCUCCUACAAAAGAAGGGGAGCAAGACAAAGAGGGGGCAACAUUAACAACUGAAACCAGUGAAAAGGAGGAGAAAUCUGAGUUUGAGAAGCAAGAUGAAGAGAGGAAUGUGACAGCAGUAACUAUUGAAGCACAUGAGAAGGAGCAAACUGAAGGUGAAAAGCAGGAGUCAGAAAAGACUGUGGCAGCCACAGGAGUUGAAGCAAGUGAGAAGGAAGAGCUAAUCAGGCAUGAUGAGCAGGGACAAAAGGAAGACGUAGCAGCAGCAGCAGAAAGUGUGAAGGAGAAAAAAGCUCAAGAUGAUCAAGAAAGGAAACUGAUGGAAGUCUCAGAAGAUCUUGGUGAAAAGGAAGAAAAAAAUGAAGAAGGAGAGAAGGAAAGUGAGGUGACAGAAAAACCACUAAAACCAAGGUCAGGGGUAUCUGUUGUCAUUGAUAGUGUGAAUGGAGAAUUGAAAACAUCCUCAGAAGUCCUACCUGUGGGAGAAAAACUGGGGUCAACGGAGAAGUGUGAAGUAGAUGACAGAACUGAAAUACCCUCUGAAGAGAAACUUGAAGCAGGAUCUUUGGCAAUUGAAAUUUCUAGUGAACAGCUUAAAAAAUCUGAAGGAAGAGAAGAAGGAAAUAAACCUGCUCCACUGGGGAAAGAAACAUUUGAUGAAAAAACGGAGGAAGCAGAAUUGAAAAUGUCACCCACAGCAGAAGGCAUCACACAAGGAGAAGCUCUGGAGAGAACCACAGAGAAGAAAGCAAGCGAAGAACAUGAGCCAAAACUGACUCUGGGUGCUCCUGGAUUGAAGUCCUUUUCUAAUUCUGAACAUUCGGUUGACACAGAGGAUGAUCAACAGUCAAUCAAACCCACUGAUGAAGGACUACAGGGAAAAACUGGCAUAGUUACGACUGAUGCUAUCAAACCAGAUGAAAUAACCAUGGAAAUAACUCCUGAAGAGGCAGCUGGAAAGAGGCCUCCAGAAGGUAUCACAAAUGAAGCUGAACUGCUGUCUUCUCAAGAAAAAACUAAACUACAAGGCAGCCCUUUAAAGAAACUCUUUACAGGUACUGGAUUAAAAAAACUGUCUGGAAAGAAGCAUAAAGGCAGAAGAGACGAAUCUAAGUUAGGGGAACACGGUGAACCAACUCAGCAUUUAUCAGAUUCCGCAGAUAGCCCAGAGGAACAAAAGGGGGAGAGUUCUGCUUCUUCUCCUGAGGAGAUGAAUGAAAUUCCUUCUUUGGAAAAAUCUGUAGAUGGAAUGCACGUCACUGAAAAUGAAGAUGCUGCAAUUUCAGAUGUGGAGCGAAAAAGAGAAAGUGUGACACCCUGGGCUUCAUUUAAAAAGAUGGUGACUCCCAAGAAACGUGUCAGAAGACCUUCUGAAAGUGAUAAAGAAGAAGAAACUGAUAAGACAAAGAGUGUUGUAGUAUCUGCAACUGAAAACGCUGUUGAUGAAAAUCAGGGAGAAUUAAAAGAAAAUGGGAUGGACCAGAAAUCAGAGAAGACCAUGGAGGAGCCCAAAAGAAAGGUUGACACCUCUGUGUCCUGGGAAGCUUUUAUAUGCGUAGGUUCCUCAAAGAAGAGAGCCAGGAAAUCAUCAUCGUCUGAUGAAGAAACUGAACAUAAGCUUGGUCAAGAAAGCCAAAAAAUAGAAGAGUCUGGACAGAGCAAAGAAACGGCAACAGAUGCAGUUCUUACUAGUUCUCAGGAGAGCGAUCCAGGACAAGGGAAUUCUUCCCCAGAACAAGCUGGAAGCCCAUCCGAAGGUGAAGGUAUUUCAACAUGGGAAUCAUUUAAAAGGUUAGUCACUCCAAGAAGGAGAUCCAAAACUAGAAUGGAAGAGAGAACUGAAGACUCUGUUGUGGGAUCUAGCCUGGAGCAUUCAACAUCGGAUGGUGAGCCUGGAAGAGACGAAUCGUGGGUUCCAUUUAGAAAACUGAUGCCUGGGCGCAGGAAGAAGAAGUCAGAUGGAAAGCCAGAACCAACUCAUCUUAAACAAGCAAGAGAAGACAUGGCAGAAACAACUGAAGAAGAUUCAGAUAUUCCAGCUGUUGUUCCUUUAUCUGAAUACGAAGCAGCAGAGCAGGAGAAAAUUGAAGCCCAAAAAGUGAAAGAUGCUGAAGCGAUGAGAGAACAGACCUCAGUGGAAGAGAGAGCAGAAAAAUUAGAGGAGACCCUAAGAAUUGAACAAGCACAUGAAGGGCUGGUACAUGCAGUUACUGUUACUGUUGUGGAAGGGGAAAGGGCAGUUACUAGUAUUGAAGAAAGGUCACCAUCUUGGAUAUCUGCUGCUCUGACAGAGUGCAUUGAGCAGGUGAGAGAAGAGGAAGAGAAAGAAACUGAGAAAACGUUUGAAUCGGAUGUUAUUGUGGAAGAAGCGGUGGUAGCUGCUAAGACAGUGCCAGAGACAAGAAAGGAUGUAAGUGACGACACCACAGCAAGUGAGCUAGAGCUAACCUCAGAAGCAGUGACAGCUCUGGAGGAGACAGCAGAAGCUUCCUGCGCUGAAGAAACAAUGGCAGUGUCCCUUGCUGAGGAGACAACUGAGAUGGUUUCUGCUGUUUCACAGUUAGAAACCCCAGAUACUACAGAGGAAGUUACACCUGUACAAGAAGUGGAGGCCACUGAACAAAAUUUGAAAGAAUUAGACAAACAGACGCAAAAAGUUCUUCAUGAAGUUGCUGAAAGAGUAAAGUCAGCAGAUGUAGCGCAGCUGGUUAGUGAAAGAACCAUGACAGCAACUAUAAUUACAACAGUACAAGGAAUGGAGUCAGAAGUGAAAGAUGAUGCUAAAGAUGGGAACGUCGUAGGCCAGGAAACUGUUCUGCUUGAACAGUCCUUGGAAAAAGGAGAACACACGGAGGAUGGUCUCCAGCCCCAGGGAAGUGCAGGGAGUGUUCAAGGCCAAAAUGGAGUUGAAGAGAGUGUUCUACAUGAAGGUUCAGAGAGAAGUGAAAUAUCUGCUGCAAUAAAAGAAAGCACAGAAGGAUGUGAAAAUGUGGGUGUAUUGAGAGAUGAAAGCCAGGGGCAGACAUGUGAAGAAGCAGUUGUAGAAGACCAUGAAGAAAUACCUGAUGUGCAGAAGACAGUAGAGGAACCUUCAUCACACGACAGAGAGUUUCACAGCAUCAAAGCAGUGACUCCCAAGGAAGAGCCGUUUGCAAAGCAGGAGCCUUCAGAACAAGAGAAAUUGCCCGCAACGGAGUUGACAGUAGAUGAGACAAGAGAUGAACCCAAACCAGAAGUACAGAUUGCAGUGCAGGACAAGACAGAGGAUGAAACUUUGUCCUUGGGGCUUACAGCUGAAGAGCCUGUGCAGCUUGAAGGAGAGGGCAAAACUCUUACUGUGGGACCAGAGUGCACAGAAGCAGUUGUCACUGUGGUCCCUGUUAAACCUGAAAGACAACAUGAAAUUCCUGACUUAGAAGAGCAAGCUUGUACUGAAGGAGUUCCUAGUGGGGCACGUGCCCACAGAGAGGAAGAGGAAGAUGAUGCUGUGCUCCUUGGAGUAAAAAGCACAGAAGUCACUGUUACUGAGGUUCCACUGCAGAAUGAGGUUAAAAUCUCUGCCCUUCCUUCAGAAAAAAUUGGCUCAGAAGGAGCAGCAGAUGCUGAGCAGAGUGUGAGGGAUGGGGCUGGCAAGCACAUUACAGCAAAAGAUUCUGUGCCCAUCCUAGAGCCACCAUGCAGAGAAAAACCAACUGAACCCCCCUGUCAGAGUGAUGAAACUGAAGGUGGCAAAAUGGAAGAUGCUAUGCUUGAAACCGAAACACACUUAGAGAGUGAUACCACUGUCACUGAGGCUCCCACGCAGAUUGAACCAGACAGCUUAUCUAAUUUAGCAUCAACGUGCCCAGAUAUCACUGAAAAUGGAAGCACUGUCCUCGCUGACAUAAGCCCUGAGAAAUGUGAAACACCAAGCAGCUUAGCUGAAGAAGAGACUGUGGAGAAAGAACAAGAACUUGUAGAAACCUCAAACUGUCAAGACUUUCAGAAAGAAGAUAACAAAAAUGAGCAAUUGAUGGCAAGGGCCAAAGAAGUAGUUGAAUCUGGAAAAUGGGAAGCUGUGAGAGGUGAUGAAUGUUCAACUGCUGUCCAGCAAGAAGUUUUAACUGUGCGAGAGGAAGGCUCUGACUCAGCCCUCCUACAAGCUGAAAGCUUGGAGGCUCUGAAAAUGCCUGUGCCUGUAGCAGCUGUAGCAGUUGAAGACCAUGUAAUGGCAGAAACCGUAACGCCUGCAGACACGACAGCCAAAACUUUACAGCCCUUGGCAACCACACCGGAGCAAAUGGCUUCUCAAGAGGUUCCAGUUACUACUGUUGACCCUUCAGGCAGUGGGACUGCAGAGCUUGGUAGUGCAGAAGCACCUGAGUCUCAGGUACCUCCUGCUUCCAUGAAUGGAGUAUCAGAGGAGCAAGAGAGGCCCCAGAGUGCAGGGCAACCUGAACAAAAUGGUAUUCCUCUAAGUGACAGUCUGUCUCUCACCCACACGGAAUUUGAGGAGGAUGUUGUUCAGUCUGUGACUAUAGAGUCCCAGAGUACGAAAAUUGUAUUGAAUGCCAUCCAGACGGCUGUUCACAAACUUGCAGAAACAGAAGAGUCAGCUGUCUUUGAGUCAGAGCAGCGCAUUAAGUCCAUAGGGAAAAGCCCAUCAGAUACAAAUGUACCUGAACUUCUGGAAAGUAUGCAGGUGGAUCAUCAACUUCCAGUAAAAGAGGAAGAGAUAGGGAGUAAAGAACAAGAGCUUCAGCAAUCAGGAAUAGUGAAAACUGCUACCUUAACAAAGUCUGCAGAAAUUCAUGCAAGUGUAGAAAAACCAAAAGAUAGGCUGUUAACUUCUGAGAUGCUGAAAGAUGGACAAAGUCAGAAUUCUUUAACAAUUGUGACUAGCCCUGAAGAUGUUUCAAGGGAAAGUGUGGGACUUCAGAAAUCAACACUAGAACUAAGUACUUCAGAAGAUUCAACCAAAGACCCCCUAGACAUACACCCACCAAAAUUAAGGGAAAAAGAGGUUGGGCAGAUUAUGGAAAUCCCAGACCAGCAUACAGGUCAGCAAACAUGCAGAGAAAGUGAGGAAGAACAACAUCACCUGCCAGUGGAAGAUGGGAAAACACAGACAUGGGAGGAUGACAGUUGCAAAGAAGGAACAUCUUGUGAUAGUCCACAAAGUCAGAACUCAGUGGCUCCUGAGGCCUUGAAUAUGUGCUAAGCAUCCAUGUGGCAUUUGGAGAGAUGCCAGUCCUAGAGAACAACUGACAAUCCUGUGACAGAACCAGGAGCUUUAUUCACUACCCUUUAUUCUCGGAUGUUAACAUCUGCUCUUUUGAAGACCUCACCUUUUUUGUCAUUUCUAUUAAAAAAACAAUGCCUUUAACAUUGGCUAUAUCCACACGUGUUCCAUUUGAAGGUCAUUUGCCUCUGCCCAAAAUAUACCAUUUAGACUGGAGAUGCACAACUGAGCGAAUGGACAGACCACUAAAAUUUGUGCCACAGUUAUUGCUGUCCCCUCACUUAAUGUGUGUCCUGUCUGUCCCAUCUCCUUGAAUCCCUUCACUGAUCCCUGAACGCCCCUCCUGUCUUUUUGCAGUCUCCCUUACCCCCCACAUCUUCCGUAGCUGCCUUCAUUUGACCUAUGAGUGGCUGUAGAUGCUGCUAGAAUUGUGUGUGAGGGGGAAGAGGAGGGCUAACUGAUGGGAACACAUGAGACUUCUGGCUGAGUAGCAGAUGUGUCUUUAUCAAACAGCAGGAACUGGAUCACGCACAAAUUCUUGAACACGAUGCUCAAGAUUGUUGCCUUUCGGUCCCAUUCAGGUAUCUCUAUCCAUCCUUCAGUUGUAUUUGUGCAGGCCUGAUUUAGUCAGAAAUUACUUCCACAGUGUAGCUUGCAAGGAGAUUGAGAAUACCCUUCUUCUGUUGUUCCAGACUUCAGGUCUCAGGACCGGACUGUAAUGUGUUGAAUAUUUAUAUGUAUGUCUUAAACCCAGUUCUGAUUUUAAUGUAGAGCUAUAAUACUUCUGUACUAUUUAGGCAUACCCUUAAAUGAAUUUUGUAGAGUAGCCUGGAGAGGAAAUUGAUACCAUUGGAGCGGAAAUUGA